AUGGCAAAGAGGAGCUGGUUCAAUAUAGUGAAGAGCUUCUUUGUUUCAGAGACACAGUCAAAGCAAAAAAAAAAGGAGAAGAGAAGGAAAUGGAUUUUUGGAAAGCUUAAGAUCAAAAGACUAGCCUCAUUAACUGCACCAUCACCACCAUCACCAUUAAAACAAAGGACACAAAAUGAGGCAGAGGAAGAACAGAGCAGGCAUGCUUUGACUGUGGAUAUUGCCAGCACUGCUGCAGCAGCUCAUGCUGCUGCUGAGGUUGUGAGGCUCACUGGCACCCCCCGGUCUUCUGAGAAAUUUUUGGAGGAGGAAAAAUCAUUGUCAAUCAAUAUUGCUCAAAAUGAGGCCACUAAGUUGGCACAUCAAUGUGAGAGACAAGUACAAGAAUCUGCAGCUGUGAAAAUACAAACUGCCUUUAGAGGCUACCUUGCAAAGAAGGCUUUGAGAGCACUAAAGGGAAUAGUGAAGCUUCAAGCGAUUAUUCGAGGACGGGCUGUGAGACGUCAAGCAAUGACUACACUCAAGUGCUUGCAAUCCAUAAUAAAUAUCCAAUCACAUGCCUGCGCUAGGAAAUUCCAAACGAUCGAAGACGCUUCCCAUUGCGAUGAACAUAAUCAGUUCCAAAAUUUGAGAGACAAGAUAAUAAGGAUGGACUCAAACAGUCAAAGAAGGUGGGAUGGCAGCCUCAUUUCAAAGGAAGAGGCAGAGGCCUUGUUUCUAAGCAAGAAAGAAGCUAUGCUUAAGAGAGAACGAAUAAGGGAAUACUCGUAUACCCAUCGGAAGUCAGCAGAAUCAGAGAGAAACAAGGUAAAUGGAAGAUGGAGAUACUGGUUGGACCAAUGGGUAGAUACACAACUUUCUAAAAGCAAAGAACUUGAGGACUUGGACACGGUUUUGGAUUCGAAUGCAAAGCGUAAAGAAGAAUUUGGAGGAAAACAACUUAGGCUGAGAAACUUCCAAAGACAGAACAUUCAGAUUGAAGGAAUGGAUUCUCCAGUGUUUGUACCAAGAAGAUCUUCAUACCACAGAAAGCAGUGUUCAUUGGGAGAUGAGAAUUCCUUCACAAGCUCUCCUGUUGUUCCAACUUACAUGGCUGCAACAAAAUCUGCCAAGGCAAAAGCAAGGUCUCUAAGCUCCCCUAAGUUAAGGGCAGGCAGUUUAGAUACUUACUCUGAGAGCUAUUCACCAUGCAAGAACAACAUCUCCCUUAUAUCCUCUAUCACCAGUGAAAUCCCAAUUAGCAGCACUGGAAAAAUAUUGGGCAAGUCUAGUAGCAUCCAGCAAAGAUCUCCAAGCAUGAAGGGCCUUCCAAGCCCUUUAAGAUUAAAACAGACGGCAAAGGAUCAAAGCUUCGAUUGGGAUAGACAAACUGCUUUUAGAUGA